UUCCCGCCCCAUAUACGCCCAAUAUGAUAACGACAUUUCUCAACUCCCACAGAAAAGCCCCAAUAUUAAUGAACCGUGACCCAUCGAAGUAUUUCGCGGCUAUUCAGAGCAUUUCCCAAGUUAUGAUUGGCGAGGGCCGAAUUCCCCCCGCACCCCAAACCAGUGCGUUGCUGCGCUGGACAAGGCUGGGCGGCUGGGCAGCACCGCACCACUCCCAUCGGACGAUCCAAUCCUUGCAAUAAGCGUCCGCUGUCAUGACGCCGAGUUAAGUAUUCACCUCUCUCCUUCAACUGUCGUGUGAGCUCUCUCAUUUCUCUCUUAUUUCUCAUCUCUUACAUAAAGGUCAUCGUCCCGCAGCCUUCCUCCUCCGAUACCACCACAAUAGAGUGAGUUUGACGUCACCACCGCACCUCUCACGAAACGCAGCCCCCAAGACCCCGCAAACACAUCGAUGCCCACAUCGAUGCCUACAACCAUCUACCUUCCAAACUAUCACAUCACCACUAUCUAGCCAAAAUGUCGACACCAACCGCCCUCAUCCCUCCCCCCGCCUACACCCCACGCGCCCCCUCCCCACCAGCCCCAGACAUCGAAACAGCAUCCAUCCUCUCCGCCGCGCCCUCCUACUUCUCCUCCGCCCCCUCCUACUUCUCCUCCGCCCCUUCCUACUCCACCCUCCCCCGCCCACCCCCCAGCACCUCCCGCAGCCCCUCCCUAGCAGACUACUACCCCACCUCAUGGUCCCGCAACGCCACUCCCUCCUCGCGACACUACGACGCCGUCGCGGCGCGGCGCGCGGAAGCAGCCUCGGCGCGCGAUACGGCGGAUCUGUUGGAGGUGGCGAGCGUGACAAGGGAUCCGGUCAGGGCGGCGCUGAGGGUGGUGAAGGAGAGGGAGAGGGAGGAGUUUGGGGAGGGGGAGGGGGAGGGGAGGAGGGUGAGGCCGCUGGAGGAUGGGGAGUUGGUGGGGGAGGAGGCGGCGAGGGAGGCGAGGAGGGAGAGGUUGAGGUGGGAGGGGGUGGAGGUGUUGGUUAGGGAGGAUAGGAGGUGGGAUUGGUUGCUUGCUCAGAUGAACGAUUGGGAGGAGAGGGAGAGGAGCUGGAAGAAGUUUCGGGAGAAGAAGCAGAGGACGAGGACGGAGAGUUUGGCCAGCAAGCUGGGGUUUGGGACAGCUAUGUGGAUGGGGAGGUAG